GCGCCCUGGCGGCUCCUCGCAAGCACGCGCGCCUGCACGUCCGCGUCGACUGGCAUCCAAAUAUGGAGAAGUGCGCGUGCGCGCGAGCCCACCAACCUUCUGCAGCUUCGUCAAAAUGGCGCAUGCAGCAAACGGCGUUUGGACUUCAUCAGGUUUUUUUCAAGCUUCCGCUAAUUUGCCGGCGUUCUCGACCUCGUCUAGAAAUCGACAACAUUUGCGAUUAUUCCCGUCAUAAACGGCCGCCAUAUGCAUUCUGAUGCGUGAACAUUUUUGGUGGUUGGAGCGACUUGAGAAGAUUUUAAGUGACAACGAAAAUAAACACGAGCGGCGGGCUUAAAUGGAACUUUGAACUCAAGACCUGAAUUGUCUCAGCAGCACACGUGAAAUUCGACACGUGAGCCCCCAAAAAAGAAAGAGAAAUGCAAUCCGAAAAUAAGAUCAAAUAAGGCUACUUAUUUGCAGGUGCGGAAAAGAUUUGCAAGCAGCAGAAAUGCCUUUGAAUGUUCAUUUCAUAAGUGACUUUUUGGAAGGGCCAUCAUUCCAAACAAAAAAGAAAAAAGAAAGAAAGAAAGAAAGAAAUGAAACGUCAUGGAAGCCGCCCUUCUUAUUUGGAAAUAACAUUUGUCAGGUUUCGCAGCAAAACGACAGCAGAGGAAGUUGCUGCAAAUGUCUUCGAAUUGUUCUGAUUAUUAUUUGGAUUUCUAAAUCUGACCUACGUAUUCUGCCGCUUCAAGUCAUCAGGUACAGCACGUGGGAGCCGGAGGAGAACAUCUUGGACGAGCGACUCCUGGCCGCCUUCGAGGAGAGGGAACGUGAACGAGAGCUUUUUGGGCCCAAAAAGCGAGGACCCAAGCCCGAGACGUUUCUCUUGAAGGCCAAAGCCAGAGAGAGAACUUACGGAUUCCGGCGAGAUCCGGCUCGGUCCGUCCAGGUCUCCUAUCCGGUCCCGGAGCCCGUCGCGACUCCGAGGGCCCGGGAGGGUUUGCGCGCCGUGGUCCCCACCAUCUUCCCCCCGAGCGCCGUCAACCGAGGGGAAAGCGUCGCCGGCCGAGCGCUAGAACUCGAAAGGUCGCCCGGACCGGCAGCGAGUUCUCACCAGGAGCCGGGUCCCAAAAAGAGAGGACGCAAGCCCAAACCGCGUCCGCAUUACGACCGCGAUGAGGAGGAACGCGCGGACCCUGCCCCCAAAACGUCCGGACGCUUACCUCAGGACGGGGGGGCUUCGGACGCCGGCCUGGUCCAGCUGACCAGAAGGUUCCGGGAGGAGACCACCAUCGCGCCCAAGUCCGGCGGCCGUCCGGACCGAGGAGGCGGGACUCGUUACCCGGCCGUUCCCAAGCGCUCCGACGAACACGGGAACCCGCCGAUAACGACGGGAGAAGAACUCGGGGAGGCGUGCCCCCCCGCGGGGCCCGGCCCCUCGUGGAUCCCCCGCUUCGCCAACGUGGACACGGUGACCGUCACGGACGUCACCAUGAACCUGAUCACCGUCACCGUCAGAGAGAACUACACCGACAAAGGCUUUUUUCGGGGGAAAAGAUGAGAGACGCAGGAACCAGGUGUGGCACUAAGGUUCCAGGACGGGGGUCCCUAAAGAUUUCAGGCGAGGGGCCAGACUUCCGUCAAUUACAAUUUCGGUUAAAUUAAACAUAAACCAAAAAGAAUUACACAUCGUGUGUUUAGAACAAAACACCUAGGGCAGUUUAGCUUAAUGCUAACAAACAAUCCAAAACGCCAUAGAUGAGCUAACGAAGCUAGCAUCAAUAUUGCCAUAGUUAUAAACCUUUAAAGAAGUGAUAUUUGAACACAAAAGGUGCAUCAAGACAUGUCGACAGACAUAACAAAACUCACAGGCGUAUGUUCUUUAUGCGCUACGAAAAACGAGAAUACGAUAUAUCUGCAGCUUACUGAGUCACUUACAGUAGUUGUGAAACUCUUCUUCGUUUGUCUGCAUUGCUGUAUUAUACUGCCCCCUGUGGCCCAGUUACGCACACUAGAAGGAGCCACGAAGAAUUAAUCACGAUGCACGUACGGUUUCAUUCUUGAGCAUCUAUUUAAUGAUGUUAUUGCUAUAUAGUUGCAUAACGGACAACAUGAUAGAGUGUGAUUGUCCUUAUUAUAAAACAUUUCUUAGUUUUUUCGUUUUUGAGGGGAGGAAAGUGAGGAAAGAUGAUGACGCCCUGAGCAUCUGACACUUCCUGGCGCAGAAGAACAUCAGCGCGUUGGAGCAACUGUGCUAUUUUUUUUUUUCCAAGCGUUCAAAGGGCUCACCAAGAGGGCUCGUUUUAAAGACGUCAAGAUGGCCGCUUUGCCGGAACCGCGGAAUAUCCCGAAGAAUCGUUCCGGGAGUGCUUGAAGUCCGGAAAAGCGCGUUCGACUUCGACGGGAUUUCUUCCGAGGGGAAAACUUGAAGUUUGGAUUUGAAUUUUUGGUUUGUUUGGUGAGACCGGUCCUGGAACUUUUCUGACACACCUCGCCGUCACGCGGGCGACUUUAUCCGGCUGGGACGACAUCGUGUCAUCGCGUUCCUAAUAUUUCCAAGCGUGGAGCGGAAUGAGGAAGUGGAAAAUGGUGAGAGCGACUCAACCCGAAGCAAACUCGCGAUAUAAUACAGAGCGAGACAAAAGGUGGUCAAAGGCCGGCGCUUGCCUGCAGAUGCCACAAGAUGGCGCCAAAGCAAUAUUUUUCUAUUAGACAUGGCUUGGGCCUGAGCACACAAGCUUUCCUUCCUUUCUUCCCUCCUUUUGGGCCUUCCUUCAAUUCCUCCUUCCACUUUUUCUUCCGGCCUCCUUGCAACCUUCCUUCCUCCGCUUCAAUCUGCUUUUCUUCCCUCCUGUCCAAUUGAAUCAACUUUCUUCGUUCUUGACUCACACGAUUUGCCAUUAUGAUUUUUCACAGUACGUGUAAAACAAAAAAAAUAAAAAAUAAUAAUAAAGGUUAAUUUAAAAAGUAUAUUCCUACUUUUGGCCCACCCUGUAUACAUUUUCCAUGAUUUUGUAUUGUGCAGGUGUACCUAAUGUUGUGGCCAGUUAACAAAGCGUCUAACAACUAAGCUACAGUCUUCGUGCUAAUAUAUAUUUUUAUAAAUAGAGCUGUCAACCGCCAGUAUUUAAUUUUUCAAAAGCCAAUUCUUGUAUAUAGACUAAGAUCCUGCUUUUUUUGCACAUUGUAAUGUUGGCCAAUUUUAGAAAGCAUUGCUGCAGUUUUGCCUGUCAACGCCACUUCCAAUCUGUCACUUUGAUUUGGUGUACUUUAGUUGGUUCACUUUCAUUUAUGUGUCCAAUAAAAAUGAAAAUAAUCAACGCUGUGCUCCAGAAAUAAUCAAGGCAUUGAUUUGAUGCUGCUCAUCGAUCAUUAACAUGAUGACUUCUUUUGAUAUUUAUUCCCACGCGUGCCGAGCUGCAAUAUUCAUGUUGAAAAUAUACACGACGAGGUUUUGUUUAAGAGCUGUUUGGAAUAAAACUGUGAUGAAA